UUUUAUUUAUAUAAAAAAAAUCCGUGUUAGGGUUCAGCUGUAACAAACACCUUCUGUGGUUCUGCCACCACCUCAGCUUCCAUAACUGCAAUAUCACCGGCCAACGGCCACCAUAUCGCCGUCGACCAUCGCCACGGGCUCAGCUCUAGUUGUGGUAACUAGACAACGUCUCAUCUUUCCCCUGAAUACUGGACAUGAGGACAUUGUUGGUGAACCAGAUAUUGACAAACCAAACCAAGUGACAAUUUUCGAGUCUUCUGGCAAGCUCCUAUGGAAUCUCAAACACAUAAUGAGGAACAAGGUGUAGAACAUCUCUUCAGACGCUUGCAGGAUUUCCCAGACGAUGCGUCGCUGCAUUUUGAUAUUGGCUUAUUCUUAUGGGAAAAAGGAGGAGAAGCGAAUGGAUCCACAGAAAAAGCGGCUGAACAUUUCAUUGAAUCAGCCAAAUUGAACCCCAAGAAUGGAGAACCUUUCAAAUAUCUUGGUCAUUAUUAUGGCCGCAUUUCCAUUGAUACUCAGAGAGCCCUUAAGUGUUAUCAGCGAGCUGUUGCUCUCAAUCCUGAUGAUUCUGAUUCUGGGGAAGCUCUUUGCAAUUUACUAUACCAAGGAGGAAAGGAUAGUUUGGAGGCAGCAGUAUGUCGUGAAGCUUCUGAAAAGUCACCAAGGGCCUUUUGGGCAUUCCGUAGAUUGGGUUUCCUGCAGGUUCAUCAGAAGAAAUGGUCCGAAGCUGUUCAGAAUCUUCAACAUGCCAUACGAGGCUAUCCUACAUGUGCUGAACUGUGGGAAGCUUUGGGCCUUGCUUAUCAGCGAUUGGGCAGGUAUACUGCAGCCAUAAAGUCUUAUGGCCGUGCCAUCGAGUUGGAUGAUAAGAUGGUCUUUGCUUUGGUUGAAAGCGGAAAUAUCUCAUUGACACUUGGUUCAUUUAGGAAGGGAGUUGAACAAUUUCGACAAGCUUUGGAGAUUUCAUCACAAUGUGUGCCUGCACAAUAUGGGCUUGCUUUGGGGCUGCUUUGUUUAGCAAAAGAUUGCAUGAACCUGGGAGCAUUUAAGUGGGGGGCUUCUUUAUUAGAGGAAGCAUCUGAGGUUGCAAGAGCAAGUGCUUAUUCUGUUAGGAAUGUCUCAUGUAUUUGGAAACUAUAUGCUGAUGUUCAGCUUGCAUAUGCAAGAUGUUAUCCUUGGAUUGAGGAGGUCCAAGAAUUGGAAGCUAAUAAGGAAGCUUUCAGUGCUUCCAUCAUUUCUUGGAGGAGAACCUGUCUUUCGGCGGCAAGACUUGCUAGGUUUUCGUAUCAACGAGCCUUGCACUUGUGUCCAUGGCAAGCAAACAUUUAUGCAGAUAUUGCUGUAACUUCAGAUCUUAUUACCUCAUUGGACAAGGAUUAUGAACGAGACUUAGAUGCAUGUAGGCAGCUGCCAGAGAAAAUGUGUGUGGGAGCUUUGCUGCUUGAAGGUGACAAUUAUGAGUUUUGGGUGACAUUGGGAUGUUUGUCUGAUCAAAAUGCACUAAAUCAACAUGCUCUAAUCAGAGGAUUGCAGUUGAAUGUAUCUCUAGCUGUUGCUUGGGGAUAUCUUGGGAAGCUUUAUAGUAAAAUGAGCAAAAAGAAAUUGGCACGGCAAAUGUUUGAUCGUGCUAGAAGUAUUGAUCCUAGCCUUGCUUUGCCAUGGGCAAGCAUGUCAGCUGAUUGUUGUGUGAGGGAGUCUGCUCCCGAUGAGGCGUUUGAGAGCUGUUCCCAAGCAGUGCAGAUGAUGCCUUUAGCUGAAUUCCAAAUUGGUCUCACUAAGCUUGCUAUGCUGAGUGGCCAUCUUUCAUCUACACAGGUUUUUGGAGCUAUUCAGCAAGCUGUGCAGCGUUCUCCUCACUAUCCCGAAUCACAUAAUUUACAUGGUCUGGUUUGUGAGUCUCGAAAAGAUUACAGAUCUGCUGCUAUUUCUUACAGGAUAGCCCUCCAUGCCAUUAGCAUUGCCUUGUUAGAUAAUCAAAACUCACAGAUAAAAGAUGUAUCAAUUAAUUUGGCGAGAUCACUUUGUAAGGCUGGGAAUGCUGUUGAUGCUAUACAGGAAUGUGAAAAUUUGAGGAAAGAAGGAAUGCUUGACUUCGAAGUUUUUCAAGUAUAUGCAAUCUCGUUGUGGCAACUUGGUAAAAAUGAUUUAGCACUCUCAAUAGUCAGAAGUCUUGCAGCAAGUGUUUCUUCUAUGGAAAAGACAGCCAUGGAAAUCUCCGUUAGUUUCAUUUUUAGAUUAUUAUACUACAUCAGUGGACUAGAUGCAGUCAUAACCAACAUUAUGAAAAUGCCAAAGGAGCUUAUUCAAAGUUCAAAAGUUAAUUUUGUUAUGUCUGCUAUCGAUGCUCUUGAUGGACACAAUCGUCUUGGAUUUCUUGUCUCAAGGAACCUAUAUUUUCUCAACGAUCAUGAUGAAAUUGACAGGGUGCACUUUCUAAUAGCACUUGGUAAACUGGUGAAAAAUGGGCAUGAUGGCUUCCUUGCAGUUCAGAGUGGAAUUGCCUACCUCAAAAGGAUUCUGCACAUGUUCCCUAACUGUAGUUUGAUAAGGAACCUUGUUGGCUAUCUCUCACUAUCUGGUAAAGAGUCGAACAGUUGCCAUCUGGCUACAAGGUGUUGUAAACUGGACCAUCUUGACCUUUCUGAUAAAGAAGGUUUAAAAUCAGCUUCUGAUAUUCAUGGUGCUGCAGUAGUUGCCUGCUAUGCCAAUGGGAACAGCAACCCAAAGUCUACUUUUCAAACUUGUACAAAUCAGUGUUCUAGAGGUCCUGCAGCAAUCCGAUACCUGCAGAGAUACUUUCAUCAGAAACCAUGGAAUCAUGAUGCUCGGUACUUGCUUAUUCUUACCUAUUUCCAGAGGGCACGUGAAGAGAGAUUUCCUCAUCAGCUGUGUGUUAUUCUAAAUCGUCUAAUAUGUGUUGCUCUUUCAAAUGAAUUUUGUGGAAAGAAAGAAAUGUGCUAUGAAUAUAGACAAUUUCAACUUCUACUUUGUGCUUCUGAGAUCAGUUUACAAUGCGGGAAUCACAUCACCUCUAUCUCCCAUGCCCAAAAGGCCUCUGUACUCGUGCUUCCUGAUAAUUAUUUGUUCUUUGCCCACCUACUAUUGUGCCGUGUAUAUGCCAUAAAAGGUGAUCUUUUGAAUUGUAAGAAAGAGUAUAUUCGAUGCUUGGAGUUGAGGACAGAUUGCCAUAUUGGUUGGAUGUCUCUCAAACUUAUGGAAUGCCAUUAUCAAUUGCAAAUUGAUUCAAAUGUCAUUGAUUCGAACUUUGAAGAAUGCCUUAAAAAGGGUGCAAAUUCAUGGAAUAUGUGGAUAGCUGUGUAUAACCUGGUGAGGGGUUUGAUUUCCUUUCAUCAGAAGGAUUUAAUCUCAGCCGAAGAGCUCAUGCGAGAGGCUUGUUCAAUGGCAGGUUUUGAAAGCUGCCUUUUUCUAUGUCAUGGUGCUAUCUGCAUGGAGCUUGCCAGGCAGUAUGGCGGUUCGAUGCUCCUAUCAUGGGCUGUUGAUAGUCUUAACAGAUUUCAUGAGCUUUUGCCAAUCUCUUUGCCUCUUGCCUCCUUAUUGGUUGCUCAAGCAGAAGGAAGCCUUGGUGCAAAAGACAAAUGGGACAGAAGCAUUCGCCUUGAAUGGUAUUCCUGGCCAUCAGUAAUGAGGCCUGCAGAGCUCUACUUUCAAAUGCAUUUGGUUGUAAGGCAGUUAAAAGAUGGACCCAACGUCACAGGUAGAUUAGAGUCCUCUCAUAGUGCUUGGAGAUGGGUAAUUCGGGCAAUUCACAUGAACCCUUCUUGCAUGAGAUAUUGGAAGGUCUUACAGAAGCUUAUGCAGUAGAAAUGUAGAAUUGAAGUCAUUUCACCAUCCAGUUCAGUUCUUAACUAUAGCCACUUUCACUGUUUAGGUACGCAUUACUUUUCCGGUGGCCAUUUUGUACUGUUUGUAUAUUUCCUAAUUUAUUUGGAUAUUGUAAAUAGGUUCUACAUGCUAUAUUCUAAUGAGGAAAUUGAUUGCAUUGGGCCUUAAGAUUUUCUUAAUUAACUUAUGAUGGCUUUUACUUUGUGUAAUUGUGUUCGUUUAUUAUUAUUAUUAACUGCCGAAAGAGAGCUCCAAAUUAAAUUUAGGGUUCAUGUCA